GCGAUGCGUGUGAACGCGCAGGAGUACGGCUCCGUCGUCACGCGCAUCCGCAUGGCGGUGGUGGCCUUGCUUGAUGAUUCGGUUGGAGCGGGGCUUACUGUGGUAUCGUCCGUGCUUCCGGCGAUCAAGGUCCCACAGCUGCCGCUCGAUUCUUUCUUUGAAUGGGAGAGCGUUCCCCUCUUUGAGGGUUCCGAGCCCCCCGCGAUCAAGAAACUGAAAGGUCUUUCGCAACAACACGGUGAGUACUUCACGGAUGCAGGCAUCGCUUACCCUCCUGACCUCACAAACUACGAUCCAGAGUUGGCGACUGUGGUGAGCCCGCUGUGCAACGCGCAGAUCGAG